AUGGAGUCAAAUUCGGAUUCCGAAUGCGAUUUGGACUUUUUGGAUGAAUUAUCUUCUCCUGAACCAUCGUUUUAUUUAUCCCAUCAUCUUUCAACAACGACUGACAAUUUUAUGAAUUUUGAUACCGAGGACGAAAUUUUUACCAGCCAAGAAUCAGAUGACGAGGACGAAGCAAGUUCACAGGGGGAUGAAAAUUUGCAAGAUAAUCUGCAAUUUAGCCAAGAAAUUCCUCCUGUACCAGACAUUCAGGACCCUCUAAUAGAUCUUAAUUUGGAAGAUGAAUUGUAUUCACCGUCUCGUCAAUAUCGAGCAACACCGUCGACUUGGAAUUGGACCUCCUGUGAAAAUUACUCUCCUCGGGAAAUAUUAUUUAACGAAGACAAUCAAGGGUGGUCAUUUGAAAAUGAAACAGGCAAAGAAUUUACACCGUUCGAGCUACUUCUCAAGACAUUUCCCCUCGAAUUGCUGGAUCUUUGCGUAACCGAGACUAAUAGAUAUGCUGCAAACAUAAUAUCUAUGGCUCGCAAACCGUCAAGAAGAAUGCAAGCUUGGAAACCAAUCUCACAGAACGAACUUUGGAAAUUCCUUGGAAUGAAAUUGAUGAUGGGUCUUAAUCGAAAACCCGACCAGUCCAACUACUGGAGUAAAGAUCUACUUUUUCAUCAAUCAAUCUUUGCAGACAUAAUGUCGUCGGAUCGUUAUUUUGAGAUUAUGCGAUAUCUGCACUUUGCAAACAACGAUGACAUGAUCCCGGGAGACAGACUAUUCAAAAUCAGAAGUGUUGUGAACAUUUUAAAUUCGACUUGGAAGUCACUACUAAAACCAAGCCUGCGAUUAUCAAUUGACGAAAGCUUAAUUGGAUUUAAGGGUCGUCUACUAUUUCGGCAGUAUAAUCCACUCCAACGAGAUCAAAUCGGAAUCAAGACUUUUUCUGUAGUCGACGCGUUAACCGGAUUUGUACUCAAUACUAUUGUUUAUUCUGGAAAAGGACACCAGCUCAAGUAUUCGUCCAAAGACUUUGGGUACGGUGGCGCAAUUAUUUUGGAGCUCAUUGAACCCUACCUAGGAAAAGGACAUCAUCUCUACGCUGACAACUGGUUUACAUCUCCCAAUUUAGUAAAUGAGCUCAAACUUCGCGAUACGUUAAUGUGUGGUACUGUAAAGCGCACUCUACAAAAUAUGCCAAAAUCCGACACCAAAAAGAUGAAGAAAGGUCAGAUUCGCCCCUUCUGCUCAAAUAAUGUCUUGGUGGAAUAUUGGCAAGACCGGAAAUCAGCGUCUAUAAUUUCUACCAUACAUUCUCACGAGAUGGUUCCAAUAAAACCCAGGCAUGGAGCAAUAGUAAUGAAGCCGAAAUCCGUAGCAGAUUACAAUCUAUACGCCCGGGGAGUGGACCAGGCUGACAUGAUGAUCAGUUACUAUUCGCCACAACGGAAGUCGAUGAAAUGGACUAAAAAAGUGUUUUUUCAUCUGUUUAUGAGAGCUAUAAAAAAUUCCUUCGACAUUCGGAAAAGUUUGUACGGAAAAAUUCCUUUCUUACCAUUUGUAUUGGAUCUAAUUCGUGAAAUGAUAAUGCUUGACCCCAAGCAGGCAAAAAACUCGCAAAAUUCCCAGCAGCAUCUUCGCCUUCAGCCAGGCAAACAUUUUCCAGCCCUAAACUUGGUGACUUCCUCGAAAGCUACUGGCUAUCGUCGAUGUGUAGUUUGCUCUUCUUCCAAAAAGAGGAAAAUGACUAAAUACCAUUGUAGUCUUUGUAAACAAGCUCUUUGUGUAACACCAUGUUUUGAGGCGUAUCACACAAAGCAAAACUUUUAA